UCUGCUGAAGUCUGCUCUAUCUUUCUGUCAAACGAAAGCGUUCCUUGAUGUAUUUAUAUAGUGAGUGAAAAGAGUAAAUGAAUAUGUAAAUGUGACGUGAAAUGUCUUUACCGGGACUUUUCGGUUAAGAUAUUCGGAAAGAUGUAACAUAUGCAGCAUUAUAAAGAGAUACGACUGAUUGGUACUAUGUUUUAAAAAAUGCCAUCUGAGGUUAAUGUUAACGAUACAGCUUUCGGGAAAGAAAAUGGAGGAGAUGAAUCUGAAGAACAAUCCGUUGCAUUAUUAACAGUUAGCACAUCGAAUCAGGAAUCUCCAGCUACGGUGAAACAUGUGGAAACAAAUGCUAUAAGAAAUAAUAACAAAGCGUUUACAUCUAGUACUCAAGAUGAUUUUAUAGAACAAACUGAGAAUGCUUCUUUACCGUUAGAUACAAAUUAUAUGCCAACUGAAAAUGGUUUGCAAGCGGAAGCAUCUUCUUGCGAAAGGGAAGUAACCGACAAAAUAUGUAGCACUAGUACAUUAAACUCCCUCGAAGAACAAAACUCGUGUCAUAAAUCAAAAUGUAAUAAAGAAAAUGCAAAUUUGAAAGCUGUUGCUUGUACGUCUGCAUCGGUCGAUGAAAUUGAAGAUAAUAGUAAUGAAAUUACUCAAAACUCGAGUCAAAGGCUUACAUCAUUGUCUCAUAAAAAUUUAACGAGGAAAAAGUGCUUUUUAGCUAAUGCAGAAAAUAGUACCGGAAGGAUAGCAAGUAUUUCAGAACAAUUACCUUUAUCCUCCAGAAAUAUGAUUAGGAAGAAACAGUUUUUUAGCAAAGAUUUACAGUCAAAUAGUACAGAAUCUCAGUAUGAACAAAAUACGAGAGACCAACAUAAUAAUGACGAUAAUGCAUUUAGUGAUAUUAGGGAUUCAUGUAUAAAGGAUUGUAGUUUACCCUUGGAAAGUUUAGCUUCGUGUAGUUUCGAUCGGUCACAGUUUCAAAGCACUUCAACGAACGAAGCACAUAGUAAUAUCAUCAAUGAGCAUAAACCGUUAAGUUUAGCAGAAAAUAAUAAUAAGAGUAUAUGUGAAAGUUUAAGUAAACUGAAUGAAGCUGGUAGUUCGUUUUCACAUGUAUCUAAAAGUGUGCCAAAAUCUCAGAACACUUUGGCAGACUUAGUGCAUUGCAAUGAUAUUACAAGAAAACCGUUUAAACUGCCAAUUUUAGAAAAUAUACAUGAAACUGCCAGUGCACGACAAAUUGAAUUCGAAGACAAUGCUGUAGCACUUUUGGAACCAUCCUCUACUAAACAAGUUCGCUUAGAAGAAGCCCAUGGUAUAGAAAUAGAACCACAUCGUUCUUCGAAUAGUAGUGAUGCAAGUAAUUCUGAUACAGAAUCACAGCAAGCAGUUCUAGGUCAUAACGGGACCAAAAAGAGGUCAUGUGAUACAAAUGGUGUCGUAACAAAAGAAGGCGUGGAAUAUUAUCAGUUGUGGCGGAGCACAGGGGGCUUUUCAUCUCCUGAACGUUUAUACGAAACAUUGUAUCCAAGUCCUCCACCGCUUCCACCACGGACAACGCACAAACUUUUACACAGAAGUAAUGCUGGUCCACCAGAAUUACCUAAAAGACAUCUGCAAAAAUACCCUGCACCCUUGCACCCUGAAGAUUGUUUUGAAUUUGAAAUUGUAGAUGUUGACGAAGCUUCUAAUUCAAAGUCGCGGACAGCUGUUACAAAAAGUAUAGCAUUAUUAAGUUCACCAAGAGCACACAGGCCUUUAGAAAGACCGGAAACCGGGUUAACAAAUCAGCUAGAAUGUCCACCAACGCCUACACACCGCCCAAAACCAUUGCGUCCAUUACCGAUGUGCCAAACAUCAAACGUACCAUUGUCCUCCGAAGAACCCCUGCCUCCGUCAUGGGAAGCAAGAAUCGAUAGUCAUGGUCGAGUAUUUUACAUAGAUCAUAUUAAUCGUACCACGACUUGGCAGAGGCCCACAUUAACAACGCGUAACACCGGUUGCGACCUACGAAGACAGCAAUUAGAUAGACGAUAUCAAAGCGUUCGUCGAACUAUUUCUCGACCAGACAAUAUCGAUCGUGAACCGACUAGCUCGCAGCACGCGAAUGGAAAUAACUUUACGAAUGCCGAACGAGGAAAUGAACGAUCCGAAAGAAACGAAUCCGAACCAUUCGACAUUAAUACGAGUCCUCCAGUAUUAUUUUUAACGAGACCCGACUUCUUCACGGAAUUACAUACGAACGCGGAGGCAAUGGAAUUAUAUAAUCGCAAUCCCAGUCUAAAACACAUGAUUAACAGGGUCAGAAGAGAUACAGCAGUUUUUCCAAGAUAUGAACACAAUAGGGAUUUGGUUGCAUUGAUAAAUUUCUUUGCUGAUCCGGUUAAAGAGCUUCCAAGAGGCUACGAAUCAAAGCUUGAUAGAACAGGCAAAAGAUUCUUUAUUUGUCACGCUAGAAAAGCCACAUCUUUCAUUGACCCAAGAUUGCCUACCGAAGCAGCACAUGCACGAACGUUAUUAGAUGAAGCACCGAUGCCACCGCCCAGACCACAACAGUCAGCUAUUACAACUACGCCUGAUAUACCUGUUGCUUAUAACGACAAAGUUGUUGCCUUUUUACGUCAACCAAAUAUAAUGGAUAUAUUGAAGGAGAGACACUCGGCGCUUGGACAAAAUAUUGCGCUUCGAGAGAAAGUUAAUACAAUACGAAUCGAAGGCAGUACCGCUUUACAACGAUUGGGGCAUGAUGUGCCCUUAGCUCUAUUGCUAAGCUUAUUUGAGCAAGAAAUUAUGUCGUACGUACCUGGAAACGUGGGUAGAUCUCCGCUAGGUAGUCCCCAUGCUUCACCUGGCUUAACGAGAGCUUCUGCUAGAGCCCCGGCUCCAUACAGAAGAGACUUUGAAGCUAAACUUAGAACGUUUUACAGGAAAUUAGAAAGUAAAGGCUAUGGACAAGGUCCAGGGAAAUUAAAAUUACAUAUUAGAAGAGAGCAUCUUUUGGAGGACGCUUUUACUCGCAUUAUGGCUGCUUCAAAGAAAGAUUUGCAGAAAGGCAAGUUAGUAGUUAUGUUUGACCACGAAGAAGGUUUAGAUUACGGUGGACCGUCUCGCGAAUUUUUCUUUCACCUGUCGCGUGAACUAUUUAAUCCUUACUAUGGAUUGUUCGAGUAUUCUGCUAACGACACUUACACCGUGCAAGUGUCGCCAAUGUCAGCUUUCGUAGACAAUUACCACGAUUGGUUCAGAUUCUCAGGCAGAGUUUUGGGUUUGGCGUUGGUUCAUCAAUACCUGCUUGACGCUUUUUUCACGCGACCAUUUUAUAAAGCUCUUCUGAGAAUACCGGCAAGCCUGAGCGAUUUGGAAAGUUUGGAUCAAGAAUUUCAUCAAAGUUUAAUGUGGAUCAAGGAGAAAGACAUAAGCAUAGAGCCAUUGGAAUUAACUUUCUCCGUUACGGAGGAGCUCUUGGGUCGCGUGGCUGAACGCGAAUUAAAGCCGGGUGGUAGAAAUAUCGCUGUUACCGAGAAAAAUAAAAAGGAAUAUCUCGAGAGAGUUGUACGCUGGCGACUUGAACGCGGCGUUGCGGAACAAACGGAAUCCUUGGUCCGUGGAUUUUAUGAAGUUGUAGAUCCACGAUUAGUAUCAGUUUUUGAUGCACGAGAAUUGGAGUUGGUAAUAGCCGGAGCGGCUGAAAUUGAUCUUAACGAUUGGAGAACGCACACAGAAUAUAGGAGUGGUUAUCACGAUGCACACCCGGUAGUCGAAUGGUUUUGGAGUAGUAUAAGUCGAUUUACUAAUGAACAAAGAUUGAGGCUAUUGCAAUUUGUUACUGGAACGUCAAGCAUUCCAUAUGAAGGAUUCGCAGCUUUGCGUGGAUCAACAGGACCACGAAAAUUUUGCAUUGAAAAAUGGGGAAGGCCAAAUAGUUUGCCCAGCAGAUAUAAUAACGUAACAAGAGCAUUGGUGCUUCGUGUUACUCGAAGCAUCAUUACGGAUUUAAAGGUAUAUUUGGUCAUGUAUUCUAUUCUUCAGAAACUCGUAAUUGGAUUUUUAAGAUUACUACAAUCAAAACUGUAUCAAAAUGUAAAUAUCUAGAAGAAAAACAGUUGCGCAUAUUUUGAAAAUUUUAAAUAUUGUAUACAUGUUGCUGUAAUCUAUUUAUAUUGAAUCUAAACGAUAAUCCGCGCACUACACGUCUUGUAUAGAGAUAAGAGAUUUAAUACAUUAUGCAAAAAUAUUUCGAUACGAAUAUAUACAAUUUCUUUUUCGUUUCAAAUUUCUAUGAUUAUAGAGCUUGUUGAAAAAUCAUUAUAGAUAAAGUAGAGAGAAGAAAAAAGAAGUCAACUUUGAAUUGAUACAAAAUACGAGACUUAUUUAGCGUGAUUUAUACAAGAGCCUCUUUUCUUCACAUUUUACAAAAAUACUCUUAUAACUUUUUAAUGAAAAUUAAAAAAUAUGAACAAUGCAUUUCAUAAAAAUAUAUAGUGCAGUUAUAUUAGUAAUUUAUUCUAUGGUCUAUUUAGUUCAUAGGUAUGAUGAUCAUUUCUAGUCUAUAUUUUUAAAUAUUAAAUUCGCAGCUAUUUUUCUAAUGUUUCCAGACAUUCCAUGUCAAUUUACUUAAUAUUGUCCUAAUCGGUUUAACAGAUCACACAAAGUACUAGGAAAAAUGUUUAUAAGACGAGGAAAGUUUUACUGCACAUUUUGGAAUAUCUUUUCAUGGGAUAUUAAUUAUGUUUUAUAAACGUUUCUCCGCAAUGUAUGUUUUACAUAGUUUAAACUCCGGGUCAAGUAGAAAUUUGAUUAAAUGUUUGUAAAAUGUCCAGAAAACCUGUCAAUGAAUACACAACGAAAGUAUGGAUAGCAUAUGAAGAAUAUAAAGUCAAUGAAAGUAAUGAUAAUGAUAAUAAUUAAAUUAUUAUUUAACUAUUGAUUUCGCGUUUAGUAUUAAUGUAGACACUUUGCAGAAUUAUAUUUGGUGUGUAGAGCAUGUUUUGCAAUUUGUGUGUAUACGAUUCUUUAAAAACAAUUGUAAUAAGAAAGAUAUGUUAACGAGAUACCGUGACAUCAUUACUUGAAGAAUUUAUGAACACUUAGAUGCUCCUAAGGAUUAUUCUACCUUUUAAAAUUCAAUCUUGCUUCAGCAAUUCAUUGCGUGAAAAAAUUGUAAUCCAUUUAAUUGUUUCUUAUCCGUAAAAAGAAAAAAAACAUGUACGAAAUAUAAAAUAUGCGCAGGUUCCUGACAAUGUGUGAGAGAUAAGAAUAAUGUCACUUUGUUUAUAUUAUCUCUAAAUUACAUCGAAGAAUAACCAUUUUACAUCCAAGAGAAUAUAUUUAUUGAAUAUCUAACGAAAUUUGCAUCAAAGAAUUAAACGUAUGUAAUUAUUGGCAAAUUUAACCGUUAUCUAUAUUGUGUUCGGCAAUAUAUAAUUUCUACUUAAAAAGAAUUUCAAAUUACGAUCUUCGUUCUACAUGACGAUAACGAUAACGAUAUCGUUAAAUAACAAUAAUAAUAUCAAAGUAGUGAUAGUAACAUUAUUUAUUAAACGAGAAUACUAAUAUUAUGUGAUUGUUGAAAAUAAGUUGCACUUUAUAUUGUCUGUAAACUAGUCAUGUAGCAUAGCAAAACGGUAGAAUUUAGUAUGUACUGUACAUGAUGCAGGCAUGUUAAUCUUAGGUAACACAAUAUUUACAAUGAACCAUGACUGUGUGAGAGCAUUCUUUACUUUAUUGUUAAAGAAAAUAAAAUGUGCCUCUUUUGUUAUGUUACAUUAAACAUUGUUG